AUGGAUCGUAAACAAAUUAACGCUAUAAAAAGAAAUCUAUUUGAGACGAUUCCCGAUGUUUUUAAAAGAAACAAUAUUGCAAUGUCUGAAUGUUCGUCCCCUGCGCCGUCAUUACCUACUGAUGUCGAGAAUAUGUUUGAUAGUGACGAUUCAGUCUGGGAUCCUGAUUAUAAUGCCGAACCACUCAGAAAAAAAUUUGACUAUAACAGUGAUUCAAGUUCAACAUCUUCUAAUGGAAACAGACAAAAUACAGAGAGUUCUACAAAAAUGGUGUCAGAAUGUGCCGAAAAAUGUACAGAAGAAAGCUCAGCAGAAAAUAACAUGGAAAAUCAAGAUGUCCCAGCAAGCAGCAAGAUGACUUCUAAAAAAACAAGAAAGCGAUUGAGAAAUCCUGAGAACUGGACUAGAAAUGUGAAAAAAGUUCAGCGAGAACAUGGGCUUCAAUAUAAGGACGAAAAAGGAGUUGUCCAUGCUCCAAGGCAAUGUCAAUCCAAGUGUUUAAAAACUUGUACCUAUCAAUGUAUUAAAAAUAUUAAUACGAACGAAAGGGAGGUUAUAUUUAAAAACUUUUGGCAGCUAAGCGAUAGCAAAAAAGGCGCAUUUUAUUCAAAAUUUGUAAAAAGAAGUUCACCAAAACGAAGGGGUAAAUACGUACCAGGAGUAGUCAUGAAGGAUGCUUGUUUAGCUACAUAAAAACCGAAAUCACAAUCUAAAGAGGUGUUCGCAUUCAUGGAUAAAAUGACACCUGAACAAAAAGUAAAAGCCGAUGAACUGCUUAGCCGGGCUAUCUAUUCAAGUCAAGCACCACUGGCUUUACUAGAAAAUAUACAGUGGCAGAAGUUGUUUAAAUUUCUCAGACCUGCUUAUCAGAUACCAACCCGACACCUUGUAUCAGGCCCAAUAUUAGACAGUGAGCACCUACGUGUAAAGGCUAUGGUUUCGGAAAACAUUGCUGAAGCACAUUCUGUUGGACUAAUGGUGGAUGGAUGGUCCAAUAUUAGGAACGAGGCUGUCCUAAACUUUGUUAUAACAACUCCAAAGCCAUUCCUUUUUAAAAUUAUGCCCACAGGCACUGCACCUCAUACUGCAGAAUAUAUGGCAAAAACCCUUAGUGCAGUAAUACGUGAAAUUGGUCCCCGAAAGGUAUUUGGUAUAGUCACAGACAAUGCAGCAAACAUGAAAGCUGCUUGGGCCUUGAUUGAAAAUGAUUUUGAUAAUAACAUUUUUACCUAUGGAUGCUUUGCUCAUUCUCUUAAUUUAAUAUUUACCGAUCUCAAAAAGUUAACAAGUCUGAAAUCGUUUACUGCCGAGGCUGUUGCCCUUACAAAGGCCAUCCGACAAAGCCACAUAUUAUCUGCGUGGGUAAAGGAAAAACAAAACGAAUUAAAAAUAAGUUGCAGUCUUAAACUCCCAGUGCCUACCAGAUGGGGAUCAUUAGUUCUUUGUCUACAAUCAUUGCUUGCUAACAAAUAA